GGUCGAGCGCGGACACCUAGGUGCAGCUCCAGCCAUGCUCCGCACGCUGAGCUCCCUCGGCACUGGGGUCCGGGGCCGGCCUCCGGCAGUGCUGCUGAUACCGGCGCGUGACCGCAAGACGCGCCACGACCCGCCUGCCAAGUCCAAGGCCGGCCGCGUGAAGACACCGCCCACCGUGGACCCUGCGGAGUUCUUCGUGCUGACAGAGCGGUAUCGGCUGUACCGCCAGGUCGUGCGCGCCCUCAGGCUGGAGUUUGUAGCGGAGGUGCGGAAGAAGCAGCACGAGGCCCGCGCCGGGGUCCUGGCGGAGCGCAAGGUGCAGGAGGACGCGGCCAUGCACAGGGAGCUGAUGGCCUGGAACCGGGCGGAGAACCGGCGGCUGCACGAGCUGCGGCUGUCGAGGCUACGGCAGGAGGCACAGGAACAGCAGCGGCGGCAAGUGGAGGAGCAGGCGCGCCGGGCGCUGGAGGAGCAGGCCCGGGUGCGGCUCAGGGAGCAGGAAGUGCAGCAACUGCAGGAGGAGGUGAAAACCUUUAUCACCCGAGAGAACCUGGAGGCACGGGUGGAAGAAGCAUUGGACUCCCCAAAGAACUACAACUGGGCCAUCACCAGAGAGGGGCUAGUGGUCAGGCCACAGCAGAAAGGCUCCUAGAGGCCCUUAAGAGAUAGUACCUGCCAAGGGACCACAUAUGCAUAGAGCUGGAGGGCCAGGUCUGAUGUGUGAUAAAGCAGUCGGUGUUUCCUACACAGAAGGCUCAGCCUUUUUCAGAGAGGCCCUCAUGUUCUGACCUCUGCAUUUGGUCAGAAACUCCAAACUCAUUGCGCUCUUCUGCCCCACUUCAACCUCAGGACAGCAUCAGCCCAUUUCAUGGAGGUUAAGACCGGCCACAAUCCCCUUGGGCAGCCAGAGCAUCUUCUCAGGGUCAUUAAAGAUGGUGGUUAGCAAAUUACAGUCUACAAGCCAAAUGUCGUCUGUUGCUUGUUUUUGUAAAUAAAAAUUUAUUGAAACACA